GUCUGGUACCAACUUUGUCUUCUUACUUCUUCGAUUCUUUCCACUCGGCUGGUCCAUUUGUUUUAUUCGUUUAUUCGUUACAUCCGUCCCUUCGAGACCAGCUCUCUUAACAUCUAUCAAUAUGAAGUUCUUGACUCUUCUUACUAUCGCCGCGGCCACUUGCGCCACUGCCCAGAAUUCUCGCCGCUCUAUCCCGAGACGUCGCCGCGGGCGUCAGAUUGGUGGCCCUUCUCCUGGUAUUGUUCCUAUCUCUCAAGUCCCCGCUGUCGAGGUUCGUGCGACAGAGACCGGUCACAAUAACAGGAAAGGCAAUAACAAAGGCUGUAAUGGAGAGGCUGGUAAUCAGCCUGCCAACAUUGUCAAUGCCAGUAGCUUCACUGGACAGACAUUGGUAUUAUUUGAAGUUGGAGGAGUGCCUGGAAACGAAUGUCUGACCUUCAGGAAUAACGGCGAGAUCGUUAAUGCUGCUUGUGUCAACGAGGCAGCUGACCGACAACUUACUCCAUCAAUACUAAACGGCGCCGACGUAAUGAUUGUUCAGAGAUCGUUUUCUAGCGGAUUCAGACCAGAUUUGGUCGACAAGCAAGUCUGUGUGGGGUUCAACGGUACCGACUUCAAAGCCGAGGACUGCCAGUCCAAGGAUGUUGAGUUGGUUAGAUUCACCGGCACCAACAUGGUUGCUUCUGGUGGCGCAUGUCUUAAUGGUCAUGAUAACUUUGCCCAGAUAACAGUAGAUGCUAAUGGCCAGGGAUGUGCUGUGCUUAACCCCACAGUUGUCACUCCCACCCCCAAAAGGCAUUAAUAUAUAUAGGUGCUAUAAAAGCAAAAGUUAAAAUAUAAGCAAAGGGAAUAGCUACUUUCAAACUAAAUACCUGUCGCAGGUAAAUAAUAUAUUGAUUUCAUUAUAAAGAG